AUGGUGGACAAGGGCCCCCCAGAGUCCAGACAUGACUCCAAGGCCCAGAUUGCGGAGGCUCCGACAGUCCUCCACGCAGAAACCGCUCAAGAACAGACCACGUUCAAGAAAGCCAAACAUGUCGAUGGUGACACGGCAAUGGCGCUGUUCGACGAUCCGGACGAGCUCCAUGAAGAGGUCGAUCCCGCGGAAGCGAGGAAACUGUUGUGGAAGAUCGAUUUUAUGAUUCUGCCUUACUUGGCUGUUUGCUAUGCAUUCUUCUAUAUUGACAAGGUGAGUCUCCUCUCCUCAAUUGGAUAUACUAUGUUUCCCUCUUGUCUAUUUGAUACUGACAAUCCCUUCUCGGAAAAGACAACGCUAAGCUAUGCUGCCAUCUUCGGUAUUCGCGAUGAUCUCAAUCUACAUGGAACCCAGUACAGCUGGCUGAGCAGUAUCUUCUACUUUGGUUUCCUGGCAUGGGCAUUCCCGACCAAUUUUCUGAUGCAGCGUCUACCCAUCGGCAAAUACCUAGGAGUAAACAUCUUCCUCUGGGGCUUCUUCCUAAUGCUUCAAGCAGCCUGUAACAGCUUCGAGACCCUCGCUGUCCUCCGAGCCCUGGGUGGUGCCGCCGAAGCAUGCUCAGACCCGGCCUUCAUGCUCAUCACGAGCAUGUGGUAUACACGUCGUGAACAGCCCGUUCGCAUUGGACUGUGGUAUACAGCGAACGGUAUCGGCAUUGCACUAGGUGGACUAUUGGGUUAUGGGAUUGGUCAUUUGAAAGGUGCAUUGCCAUCCUGGAAAUACGAGUUCCUGGUGAUCGGCGCCCUUUGCUCCACCUGGGGAAUCGUCAUGUUCAUCUUCCUCCCCGAUUCACCGGUUACAGCGCGCGGCCUCAGCAAGAGACAGCGUCGCAUGGCCGUUGAGCGACUACGUGAGAAUCAGACCGGUGUUGAGAAUAAGCAUCUGAAGCCGUAUCAGAUCCUGGAAGCACUCAUGGACUACAAGCUCUAUAUGUUCUUCAUCCUCGGCAUAGUUGCUAAUGUGCCCAACGGAGGAAUCUCAAACUUCGGAACAAUCAUCAUCCAAGGAUUCGGCUUCUCGACAUUGGUCACAACUCUCAUGCAGAUCCCCUACGGCGCCCUCAUCGCCUUAUCAAUCCUAGCAUGCGUAUUCCUAAACGACCGCUUCGAGAACCGUCGCUGCGUCUUCAUCCUCAUCUUCCUCAUCCCCAACCUUGCCGGCUCAUUCGGCCUCCGCUUCGUCCCUGUGCAACAUAGCGUAGGCCGUCUGAUCUGCUAUUACCUCACUGGCCCGUACAAUGCUGCUUUUGUGCUCAUUUUGAGUAUGCAAAUUGCCAACACUGCCGGUCAUACGAAGAAAGUCGUCACAAAUGCCGUCUUGUUUCUGGGAUACUGUACCGGCAAUAUCGCCGGUCCUUUCUUCUAUAAGAGUGAUCAAUCACCGACUUACUCGCUUGGAAUCUGGUCUAUGAUCGUUUCGCAUCUGAUCGAAGCUGUGCUUAUCAUUACGCUUGGUCUGCUGCUACGGUGGGAGAAUAAGAAGCGCGAUGCAAUUCAGUCACAGAUGGAGGGUGGUCUUGAGGGGAGGGAUUUGGAUUCGACUGCGUUUUUGGAUUUGACUGAUAGGGAGAAUUUGAAGUAUGCUCCACUUCCCUUUGGCACUUACGAUGGCAAUGACUAA